GCCUCAAAUUACUUUGGUUUUGGCUUAUUUUUUCAUCAGAAUCUCACUCCUACAAUCUCCGAUUUUCUAGAGAGAGAGAGCAUAAUGGCAAGCUGCAGCAUGGCAUCUGCUGCCUCUGGCUUUGUGUUAACACCUAUUCCUGCUUCCAAAACAAACCCCACUCAGACCAAUACCUUAUUGUUCUCUCACAAGAACAACCGCAAUUCUAGGCUGGUUGUCCGGGCUGAGGAGGGGGCGCCGCCCCCGGCAGCCACCAAGGAAGCUCCUCCUAAGCCACCUCCGAUUGGACCCAAAAGAGGGACUACGGUGAAAAUUCUUAGGAAGGAGUCCUACUGGUACAAAGGCACAGGUUCAGUUGUAGCUGUUGAUCAGGACCCAAAGACUCGUUACCCAGUGGUUGUUCGAUUCAACAAAGUGAAUUAUGCAAAUGUAUCCACAAACAACUAUGCAUUGGAUGAGAUCCAAGAAGUGUGUUGAUGAGUUAAUGUGUGUCUCCUUGUUGGUAAUUGUCAUUUCAAUGGUGGUUUGUAUCUACCUUAAUAGCAGCUUAUCUCUAUCAAUGUAAUGUAUUCAUCAUCAUUAUUCUCUCUCACACUUUUUCUAAUUAUCUACUCUUGCUCAAA